UAGCAGGAGCACCACGUGUGACAUCAUAUUUCCGCGUCCGUGCAGCUGCUUCCUGUUUUUGUGUGUGGCGUGAUGGUGUUUUGUGCUCCCUGAGCUUGGAAGCGAUGUACGCCACGGCAUGUUUCUUGGCAGUUGUUGCAGCAACUGCUGCAGUGUUAAUACAAGAAGAGGAGAAUGAGAGGAGGAGGAGGAGACGAAGGAGGAUGAUAAUGAGGAGGAGGAGGAGAAGAGCUGAGAUCCAUCCAGUGAUUGGUAAUGGAGUAAAGAGGGGCUUGUUCUGGGUCAUAUACAAUGACCUCCGUACACAUAAGAAGGAAUUCUUCAAAUACAUGCGGAUGUCGGUAGAGAGUUUUGACGAGUUGCUUGGCUUACUCUCUAGCCAUUUGGAGCAACAGAACAAAGUCUACAGAAAACGUGUUCCGCCUGUGGUAAGGCUAAUAAUCGCAUUGCGGUACCUAGCAACUGGUCAGUCCUUGGCUAGUCUGCACUUCCAUUUUAUGGUGGGAAAAAGGACGACAAGCUACAUUAUCCGUGACACCUGUGCAGUCAUAUGGGAUGUGCUGAAGGAUGAAGUCCUGAAAAAACCUACGAAGGAAGAAUGGUCAGAGAUAUCCCAUCUUUUCUGGGAGCGUUACAAUUUCCCCAAUUGUUUGGGAGCAAUUGAUGGCAAACACUUGCAAAUUAUCAAGCCAGUAUCAGGUGGCAGCAGUUCCUUUAAUUAUACAAAAAAAUAUCCUUUUGUUUUAUUAGCAGUGGCUGAUGCAAAUUAUUAUUUUAGUUAUAUCGAUGUAGGGUCAUAUGGGAGCUGCGUUGACUCCAAUAUUUUUGACCACUCUUCAUUUGGACAGAUGCUGCAUGAAGAUGGACUUGACCUGCCUGAGAAUUGUCCACUACCGGUUACAGGUCCUACUUUACCUUUUGUCUUUUUAGGAAAUGAGGCCUUUGCUUUAGGAGAGCACCUGCUAAAGCCCUAUUUAAAUUUCUCACGAAAUUUACAGGAGAAGGUUUUCAAUUAUCGCCAUCACAGGGCACAAAAAGUUGUUGAGGAAGCUUUUGGCAUCCUUUCCAAUAAGUGGCAUGUGUUGCGCACUCCCAUCAACCUGGACAUGCAGGAUGCUAUCACUGCUGUUAAAUCAGCAUGUGCACUACACAACUUUGUUCUGGAGCGUGAAGACUUCAUUUUUGAAGACUCACUCACUCACAGCAUGGGAAGAGCCCAUUGGACUAGAACUCAGGACAACACGCAUAGUGCAAACAUCCGGGAAGAUUUUGCAUCCUUCUUUAUGUCUCCCACAGGACAGCUUCCGUGGCAGUUUACAUCUAGUGAAAAUUAUUAAAUAAGAAAUUCUAAAUGUUUGAGGUCUACUCUCGUUCUCUUGCCUGAUAAAAUACAGUAAACACUG